AGCAGCUGGGUCGCAACAGCAGCUCCCUCCAGCCAGAAGAAGUCGAAGUCGUCGGUGGAUUGACCAUGCUGUGUCUUCGACAAGACAAGACCAUACGACUGUUUCUUUUUGGGGGAGGGAAAUCCACACAGAAUUUCUAUUGACCCAUAAAUAUUUCACACUAUUUGGGACUAGCUAUGUUUCUGUAUGUAUUUGCUGCUUGGUGGCAGGGGGCGGAGGAAACAUCGUGCUAUAUCUGUCCUGGGACACUCUCCAAGGUAAGUGCUUCGAGAUCUCGGUGUGAAUGUGAAAGUGUGUGAACGCCCAUGUUGGGGUUAUAAUAAGACAGAGAAGCAGAUGGGCAUAUUUAUACCACUGAUAAACAAGCAAGCUGCAGCUCUAACAUGGUGGUAGAAGACGGGGGAAACAGAAAACACUGAGACUGUGCUGGGAACUUCACUGAGCUUCAGGAAAACCUCACCACAUCAGACUGAAUCUCAAAUCGCCGGCGUCGAUUAGAACCGGGUCAACUCUAACGUGUACCACGAAGCGGACAGGGAGUGUAAACCCCUGGGGUGAACAUUUGAAAAUCUGAUUGACACGACAAAGGACAGCAGUCAUGCCAGGCUCAGGAGGAGCAGAUUGCUACGUGCAGAGCCCAGAGGAUUCUAAAUACAGCACGGUGUCACAUGAGGAAAUCAGAGCUUCAUGUGCGGUGCCCACAUGUGAGGGUGUCAUCUUGUUUUGAAGUGCAAAGGCAGAAGAUUUCUCCACCGCCAUCCUCAAGCAGAAGCACAGACCAAACAGGCUCAUUGUGGACGAGGCCCUCAAUGAGGACAGCAGCAUCGUCAGCCUGUCGCAGAAUAAGACCGAGGAGCUGCAGCUCUUCAGAGGGGACACGGUGGUGCUGAAGGGGCGGAAGCGACGGCAAACGGUGUGCAUCGUCCUGACCGACGACACCUGUGGAGAUGAACGGAUUCGGAUGAACCGCGUGACGCGCAACAACCUGCGAGUGCGUCUCGGUGAUGUCAUCAGUAUCCAUGCCUGUCCUGAUAUCAAGUAUGGAAAAAAGAUCCAUGUCCUCCCCAUAGAUGACACCAUUGAGGGCCUGACAGGAAACCUCUUUGAGGUUUUCCUCAAACCUUACUUUCUGGAGGCUUACCGGCCUGUACACAAAGGGGACAUCUUCCUGGUGAGGGGGAGCAUGAGGGCGGUGGAGUUCAAAGUGGUGGAGACGGACCCCAGCCCUCACUGCAUCGUGGCCCCGGACACUGUCAUCUACUGCGAGGGAGAGGCCAUCAAGAGAGAGGAUGAAGAGGAGACUCUCAACGACAUCGGCUAUGACGACAUCGGAGGCUGUCGGAAGCAACUGGCUCAGAUCAAAGAGAUGGUGGAGCUUCCUCUCAGACACCCGGGGCUCUUCAAAGCUAUAGGAGUUAAGCCCCCCAGAGGCAUCCUGCUGUAUGGCCCCGCAGGUACGGGGAAGACCCUGGUGGCCAGAGCUGUAGCCAAUGAAACCGGUGCCUUCUUCUUCCUCAUCAAUGGUCCUGAGAUCAUGAGUAAACUGGCGGGAGAGUCAGAAAGCAACCUAAGAAAGGCGUUUGAGGAGGCAGAGAGCAACGCUCCGGCCAUCAUCUUCAUUGAUGAGCUGGAUGCUAUUGCCCCUAAGAGAGAGAAGACUCAUGGCGAGGUGGAGCGGCGCAUAGUGUCCCAGCUCCUGACCCUGAUGGAUGGCUUGAAGCAAAGAGCUCAUGUGGUUGUCAUGGCAGCAACAAACCGGCCAAACAGCGUGGACCCUGCUCUAAGACGCUUCGGCAGGUUCGACCGUGAGAUUGACAUUGGGAUCCCAGAUUCGACCGGCCGACUGGAGAUCCUGCAGAUCCACACCAAAAACAUGAAGCUGGCAGACGACGUGGACCUGGAGAAAAUUGCCACAGAGACUCAUGGCCACGUGGGUGCCGACCUGGCUGCUCUGUGCUCAGAAGCUGCUCUGCAAGCCAUCCGCAAGAAGCUGAUCCUCAUAGAUCUGGAGGAUGAAUCCAUCGAUGCUGACCUGCUCAACUCACUGGCUGUCACCAUGGACGACUUCCAAUGGGCAUUGAGUCAGAGCAACCCAUCAGCUCUGAGAGAGACGGUUGCAGAGGUGCCUCAGGUCAACUGGGAGGACAUCGGAGGACUAGACGAGGUCAAGAGAGAACUGCAAGAGCUCGUUCAGUAUCCCGUCGAGUAUCCUGACAAGUUCCUGAAGUUCGGGAUGACCCCGUCUCGUGGCGUGUUGUUCUACGGCCCUCCAGGCUGCGGGAAAACCCUGCUGGCUAAAGCCAUCGCCAAUGAAUGCCAGGCAAACUUUGUCUCCAUCAAAGGACCUGAGAUGCUCACCAUGUGGUUUGGGGAAUCAGAGGCUAACGUCAGGGAUGUGUUUGAUAAGGCAAGACAAGCAGCCCCAUGCAUCUUGUUUUUCGAUGAGUUAGACUCCAUCGCCAAAUCCCGAGGAGGUGGAGGUGGGGACGCAGGUGGUGCAGCUGACAGAGUCAUCAACCAGAUACUCACAGAGAUGGACGGCAUGUCCGACAAAAAGAACGUUUUCAUCAUUGGUGCCACAAACAGACCAGACAUCAUAGACGCAGCCAUCCUGCGGCCAGGUCGUCUGGAUCAACUGAUCUACAUACCGCUGCCUGACAAACCCUCUCGCAUGGCGAUUCUAAAAGCCAACCUACGCAAGUCCCCUGUUGCACGAGAUGUGGAUCUGCAGUACCUGUCUGGCAUCACAGAGGGUUUCUCCGGAGCUGAUCUGACAGAAAUCUGUCAGCGUGCUUGUAAGAUGGCCAUCCGAGAGGCCAUUGAGGCUGAGAUCAAGGCUGAGCGUCAAAGGCAGAACAGACCAGGCAUCCCGAUGGAUGAAGAUUUUGAUCCAGUCCCAGAGAUCAGGAAGGACCACUUUGAGGAGGCCAUGAGGUUUGCUCGGCGCUCUGUUAGUGACAAUGACAUCCGCAAAUAUGAGAUGUUUGCUCAGACUUUGCAGCAGAGUAGAGGGUUUGGAAACUUCAGGUUUCCCUCUGCCACUGGCACCCAGUCUGGAAAUCAAGGGCCAGGCCCUCGGUCAGGGAGGCCGAGUCAGUACAGAGAGGAAGGCGAUGACGAUCUCUAUCAGUGACAAAAACGGCAAUGUUGUUCGCUUUCAACUGUGCUUUGCCUCCUUGAAAAGAUUGUGCCAGACAAAUGAAAGAAGGGGAAAUAGCAAGAGAAAAAGAAACAGGGAGAAAUAAUAAUAAUUACGGGGAUGUGAUCAGAUGGAUUAGUCGCUUUGGUUUAAGGCGUUUGAGAUAACAAAUAAAUAUAUAAACCCAGUUACAUUAACUUUCUGUUUUCGCUGUGAUCCGUUUGCAUUAUGGAAAUGACGUAAGCUGUGUGUAUGUGAUUAAACUGUAAUAAAAGCAUUUAUUUAUA